UAAUAAGAUAUUUUAGUAUUUUAUUUUACUUUUAAGAACCAAUAAAAAAUACUUAUUGAAAUAUUUCUUUUGCAGGUAACAUGUUUGUAAAAAUGCCCAACCCAAAAUCCAACAUUCUCGGUAGUUAGCCAUGCAUAACUAUAAACAUGAUUACCAUCUGCUUGCAUCAAUUCUCAAAUCAUGUGCUUCACUCUCCGCCAUUAAACCAGGCAAAGCCCAUCAUGCUUCCAUUCUUAAAUUAGGCCUUAUUUCCUCCCAUUAUCUCACUAAAUCACUUCUUAACAUGUAUGCAAAAUGCGGUGCUUUUACCGAUUCCACCACCUUAUUUCGCGACUGCACUCAUGAUGAUCCUGUGUUUUGGAAUAUUCUAUUGUCUGGCUUUGCUGCCUCUCGUGAUCAUGAUCUUCAGACGUUAAGCUUGUUCAGUCGAAUGCUUGCUGACCAUCGAGUUAAGCCGAGUUCCGUUACGGCUGCCAUUGUUCUUCCUGUGUGCGCUCGCGUGCGAGAUAUUCAUGUUGGUAAAUGUUUGCAUUGUUAUCUGGUGAAAGCUGGAUUGGAGAUGGAUACGCUUGCUGGAAAUGCUCUGGUCUCUAUGUAUGCGAAAUGCGGGAUGGUUCGCUAUGAUGCAUAUGCUGCUUUUGAUAGCAUUUAUGACAAAGAUGUUGUCUCGUGGAAUGCUAUUAUUGCUGGGCUUUCUGAGAAUAAGCUGGUGGACAGUGCAUUGAGGUUGUUUUCUUUGAUGCCCAAAUGUUUAAUAAGACCAAAUCAUGCGACCAUCACUAACAUUCUGCCCCUUUUUGCUUCUUUGGGUUCUGAUACUGCAUACUUUUUUGGGAAGGAGAUUCACUGUUAUGCCCUUCGGCACUAUGAGUUGCUAGCUGAUGUCUCUGUCUGGAAUGCUAUGCUGAGCUUCUACUUGACGGUUGGACAUGUAAACGAAGCAGAAUUGUUGUUUAGAAGGAUGGGAAUGAGGGAUUUGAUUUCUUGGAAUGCUAUCAUUUCAGGAUAUGCGUCCAAUGGCAAGUGGUCAAAAUCUUUGGAAUUAUUUCAGGAAUUACUCUCUUUAGGAUCCAAUGCGCCAGACUCUGUCACUCUUCUCAGUAUUCUUCCAGCUUGUGCGCAACUUCAAAAUUUGAAGGUUGGUAGAGCAAUUCACGGUUAUGUUAUGAGACAUCUUUAUUUAUGUCAGGAUACAUCUGUUGGGAAUGCUUUGGUUAGUUUAUAUGCAAAAUGCGACAACUUAGAAGCAGCAUAUCAUACUUUUCUUAUGAUGCCUAGUAGAGAUUUGAUAUCAUGGAACUCAAUGCUUGAUGCCUUUAUAGAGGGUGGACAUAAUGCUCAAUUUUUGGAACUGUUACAGAGAAUGAAUUUGGAGGGAAUCAGGCCUGACUCCAUAACCGUUUUAACCAUACUUCACUUUUGUGCCAAUGUUAUAAUACCAUACAAGGCUAAAGAGACCCAUUGCUAUGCACUUAGGUGUGGCUUUUUACAGUCUGAUGCUGAGCCUACUACUAGAAAUGCAAUACUUGACACGUAUGCCAGGUGUGGUAAUAUUGAGUAUGCAUUUAAAAUUUUCCAAUGUUUAUCAGAGAAUAGGAAUUUGGUUACGUUCAACUCAAUGAUCUCAGGUUAUGUAAAUUGCGGGUUAUAUGAUGACGCGUGUGUGAUUUUUAAGAAGAUGCCUGCAUCUGAUUUAACUACUUGGAAUCUGAUGGUUCGAGGUUGUGUUGAAAAUGAUCGCGCUGAUCAGGCAUUUGAUCUUUUCCGCCAACUACAAGCCAGAGGAAUGAAGCCAGAUGCAGUUACAAUUAUGGGUCUCCUCCCAGCUUGUGCACAAAUGGCUGCAGUACUUUUGAUGAAAGAGUGUCAUGGAUAUGUGAUUAGAGCUUGUUUUGAUGAUGCCCGCUUGGAGGGAGCUCUUUUGGAUUUAUAUGCAAAAUGUGGUAGCAUAGGUUAUGCUUCAAAGCUUUUCCAAUCAAACCCAGAGAGAGAUCUAGUUACAUUUACUGCUAUGGUUGGUGGAUAUGCUAUGCAUGGUAUGGGAGAGGAAGCAAUCAGGAUUUUCUCCGAUAUGCUCGAAUCAGGAGUAAAGCCAGACCACAUCGUCAUCACUGCUGUUUUAUCAGCUUGCUGUCAUUCUGGCCUUGUGGAUGAAGGAUUGAAGAUAUUUUACUCGAUAGAGAAUGUCCACGGAAUGAGACCAACCAUGGAGCAGUACUGUUGUGUGGUGGAUCUCCUUGCUCGGGGAGGUCGAAUUGACGAUGCUUAUUCUUUAGUGACUGGAAUGCGCAUUCAAGCUAAUGCAAAUGUGUGGGGGGCAUUGUUAGGUGCCUGUAGGAUUUAUCAUGAGGUGGAAUUAGGGCAUACAGUUGCAAAGCAUCUAUUUAAAAUAGAAGCAAACAAUAUUGGGAACUACGUAGUUAUGUCAAACCUAUUUGCAGCAGAUGCAAGAUGGGAUAGAGUCAUGGAAAUAAGGAAACAAAUGAGGACAAGAGACCUUAAAAAGCCAGCAGGAUGCAGUUGGAUUGAAGUGGAGAAAAGAAAGAAUAUCUUUGUAGCUGGAGAUUUUUCUCACCCUCAGAGGAGCAAUAUUUAUACUUCAUUACAAACUUUGGAUUUUCAAAUUAAAGAGCCAUUUCAUUUACAUAAACUUCCAGAUACAACCUACAAUUCCACCACCCCUGGAGCAUGGAUGGAAUUGGCAAUCUAGAGUUGGUGCUGCUGCGCCAAAGGGCUCAGAAGGUGAUAUGAGAAAUGAUGAAGCUUUUGCUGCGGAAAGGAAAAUGGUGUUGAUGCCUUCGAUGAUUCAGAUGAUGAGCUUCUAAGUGAGGAUUAUGACUGUGAUGAUAUUGUAAAGAGUUCAGAAAGUUCUUCAAUAAGCAUUCACAAGGUUUGACAUGCUGUUGUUUUAAUGGGGAAGUCAAAGCUGAAAUUCGACAUUAAAUCUUACUUUGAAAUGGUAAGGGAUGAAAUUAACCGGAUGAGCGAGGAUAACCAGCAACUUGAAUAUUUGAAGAAUUGGGUUAUAAAGGAACAAAGGCGCACCAAGACAGUUGAAGAGUUUCUUGAAUAGUUUCUGACGAGCUGCGGAAGACAACAAAGGAAAACUGGAUCGUAAGACGGGGAACUCAAAUGCAUCAUGAACAGAGUCCGGAAGAGGCAAGACUUUCUCACCUCUAAAUGCACGUCAUAUAAUGUUAGGAAAGCUUUGGUGUAUAUUAGUAUUUGGCUUUCAGAGCAUCUAGCCUUAAUUAAAGAAUGCUGUCGAAUUAAUUCUGCCUCUCCCUUUGAAGUAUAACUAUAUUACUUUUCUGAAGCUGGAUUAGCAAGAGCAAUUUUUCAAGGAGCAACUAUGAUUCUUGAAGCAAGGAAUGCUAAGGAAUAGGAUUUUGAGAAGCUGCAACAGAAGGAAUGUGAGAAAGCAAACCAGCUAGGUGCAAGUCUAGCUAAUACUGAAGAAUAUAGAAGCCGGUAUAAGAUUGUUAACUUAUUGGAGUAGUGCAUGGAAGAUAUGUUACGUUUUUUCCUUUUUCUCUUUGGUGACUGUAGGGUAAAUAAAAAGGAAAAGUUCAUACAAAUUCAAGAGAAGGAAAUAGACGCUUAUGUGUCGCACAGGGGCGGGCUGAUCAAAGGCCAUGAGGUGAAGUUUUCUGACAUGAAGAAGCAGCAGCAGGAGGAAGAAUUGGAGCUGGAGAAACAUUUUGAUGCUGAAUUGGCAUCCUUGACGGAGAGGGGAUCCUUUUGUAUGUUUUUAGUUGUGAGGAUCAAGAAUACCAACUCAUGUGGCGCUCAUAAACUGCUGAGCAUCCACAAAGGAAAAAAGUACAUAGGACAAAUACUUCAUUGCAAGGUCAUCUUAUUCCCUGCUUAUGUCUCGCGACCUCGGAACCUCAACAUAGGAACCUUUCCACUUGUAUCAAUCUGGGGAGUAAGAAUGAUAAUAUCUAUCAGAAGGUGAAAUUGCAGAUUCAAGUAUUUAUAUGACUACCUCCAACAUAGAUGUAACAUCAACUGUUACUCGAGUUAAAAAAGAAGAAAGAAAAUAUGUACUGCAUAAUGCCAUUACUCUGGGAUUAAAAUGCAUCAGUUAAUUUUGUAAUUAAGAUUAGUACCUCUAUGUGCAUGGCUUUCCCUAUUUUCCAAAAUUCAAUGCAGCAACCAACUCCAGAA